CUGCUGAUAUAAAUAUGUAACCAAGGCUCUCUUUUCGUAAGCUCUUCAGCUAUGGAGGACCCAAACCUCCCCUUUACCAAGUCUAAUAGCUCUCAAGAACCCUUUUCUCCUUCUGAGGAAAGUGGAUGGACCUCUUACUUUGAGGAUUUCUUGGCUUCAGAAAAGAGAAAAACAGAAGAAACAUCAAAUUAUACUAAUAUUUCUGUCAGUUCCUCUUUGGUUUCUGAUGCUUCAUGGAAACCUCAGGUUUGUUCUCAGCAAUUGAAUAGCUGCAAUAAAUUAAACUUAAUGAAGAUGAAGAAGAAGAAGAAGACAAAGAUAGUCUUUGAUGAUGAUUCCUUAGAAGACACUGCAACUUCUCCAGUCAACAGCCCAAAGGAGAAGAUGGCUGAUGAUGGAGAAGGAAAAAAUCUGGCUAAGGGAACAACUGAGGAAACAAGUUAUAUGGGAAGAGUAACUGAGUGCUCAGAGCUAAGGAAAAAAGGGCUUUGUUUGGUUCCUUUUUCUAUGUUUGUAAACAAUAUUUGAUAGAUAGAAGAAUUCUCAGUUUCUCUC